CUCUCAUUCUCAUUCUCAUUCUCAUUCACUUCAGCGUUUCUCAUUUCCAUUUCUGCAAUCACAACUGCGAAACCCUAACCCGAUUAUCCAUGGCAUCCAGUUCCAAAACACGCUCCUCCUCCCCAGCCUCAUCCAUCUUCAAACCUGGAACCUUAGUCGAAAUCAGCUCCGAUGACGACGGAUUUCGUGGUUCAUGGUUUACUGGAAAGAUCGUCCGUCGUCUCGUCGGUGACAAGUUCAUGGUCGAGUAUGACAACUUAAUGGCGGAUGAAGACGACACCAAGCGCCUUAAAGAACCUAUUAGACUUCGCCAGCUCCGCCCAAUUCCCCCCAAGGAGAUCACCCGGGACUUCAAAUUCGGUGAUGAAGUUGACGCUUAUCACAAUGACGGAUGGUGGGAGGGUCAUGUCACCGGAAUAUUAGAGGAUGGUAGAAAGACAGUGUAUUUCAGAGUAUCGAGGGAGCAGCUGGAGUUCCCCAACGAGGAACUCAGGCUCCACCGUGAGUGGGUCAAUGGAGGUUGGAUCCCUCCAUUUUCACAACAGGAUGAUAGCGAAAUUAAGAAAAAAGUGUGUGUUAAGGCUGCUGAAACUGUGACCCUAGCCAGUGAUGAUUUCAAGUUUAAGGAAGGGGAUUUGGUUGAGGUGUGCAGCGAUGAAGAUGGUUUCAAGGGGGCUUGGUUUUCUGCAACCCUUAUUGAGGCUAAGGCAGGAUGGAAGUUCGUCGUUGAGUAUGAGAGCCUGCUCGAUGAUGAUUCAAAGCUUUUGAGAGAGGAGGUCAGUAUCCUGCAAAUUAGGCCUCGUCCACCAAAAACUGAUGAUGUUGAUCAGUUUAAGUUUCUUGAUGAAGUGGAUACCUAUUACAAUGAUGGUUGGUGGGUUGGGAUUGUUUCUAAAGUUCUCGGGGACUCCAAGUAUAUUGUAUAUUUCAGGAACUCUAAUGAAGAACUGAAGUUUGAACAUUCCCAGUUGAGGCUACAUCAGGACUGGGUGGAUAACAAAUGGGUCAUGGCUUCUAAGGCCUUGAAGUUUUGAAUUUUGGAAGCAACCAGAGGUCGAAGAAAACACCAUGUGCCAUGGAAAAAUGAAAAUAAAAAUUGUAUAUUUUGGACUCAUUUCUUGCUAGCCAAAACUUUGAACUUGCAGUUCUCGUGGAUCAAAACUUUGGACUUGUAGUUUUCAUAUAUCAAACCUUGAACUAAACUUGAUGAGUUAAAUGCCACUUUAGGUUCCGAAUUAAGUAGCUUGUAAUGAAUUUGGAGGCGUACUUAGAUUUCAGUUAGUAUGCUUGAUCUGAAUUUGCAUUUCAUACUUUCA